AUGGACGCCCACGGUAGCGUUUGCACUGUGAGGCCGCGCCGCUCGCAAUACGCCGGUGAUCACAUGCAGCCAAUCCAGUUCGUUCCAGAAAACAAGAGCUGCUGGGAGGACGUGGUAUCUGGCAUGUUUGUGUUCCGUACGAUGAGCACAGGACUCGUACACGACGUAAUGGCAACACCGGAAGGCCAACGGCUUCCAACCGCCGUUCGACUACCACUGCCAAUCAUCGUCGAGAGAAAGAAGCCUCGCGGCCUCAACAAGCAUCGGGCCCUCUUGAACAUUUCGAAUCUCGCCCCAAUCUCGUCGCCUCGCCUAGUCCCGACCACGUCACGAUCCGCCGGUCUCGGCUCAACACAACAACAGUCAUCCUAUCCAGGCACACAAGCUAAAUACCCGUCCAAUCACUAUUGGUCGUUGGGAUUCAAUCCUAGUUUUGCUUUCAUAAAGACGCUCGCGACGAAAUUUCGGCACGUGCCCGUUCCAGCACCGCACCCUCCUCCUGGUGACAGUCUACAUCAGGGAGAGCUCAGCUCUGACAGGUUGCAGUUCAUCUGGACCGACAAAGCCGCUCACUGCUCCCCUUCACCAGCUUCUGUUCUCCCCUCACCCUCUACAUCUCAAUAUCUCGACCUGUUCCAUUUCCCGGCGGCUCCGUCCCACCCCGUCCUUGUUCUCAUUGACAGCAACGCUGCCACCUUCAUUUCUUCCAACCAAAAAUAUACACACGACCUCGAUGUCAUUAUAACGCCUCUUCUUCUUUUUUCCUUUUCGGUUUUUCGAAACUUCGAAAGUUGCCAUCGGGCUCUUACCUCGCCGCUGCUCCGACGCUUCGACACCAUUUUCAUUUGUUCUACUAUUGUCACCUCUUCUUUCAAAUGA